CUACUGCAUUAGAUGUAUCGGUAUUUUAAAAUAUCUGUUGUUUUUCUCAGGCUUACGGCGCGAGAUUUCUGGAUUGGGCUAAAUGACAGGGAAAAAGAGGGAGAUUGGCAAUGGUCAGAUGGAACACCCUUAGAUUACAAAAAAUGGCUGACAUCUCAACCAGAUAAUUGGCAGGGAUAUGAGAACUGCGCCACGUACCGACGAACCAACAGAGGGUUUAACGAUCUCUUUUGUUCUACUAAACUUCCAUUCAUAUGCAAAGUAGAAAAGGGUGUUUUGGUAAAGGAUGAUUAUCAGCCUCCACCUUUGGAGAGAUGCGACGAUGAGGAAUUUGUUCGAUUGAAUAACUCUUGUUUCAACGUAACAGAAGUUAAAUCAAAUUUUUAUGAAGCACAGCGUAGCUGUCGCGAAAAGGGUGCCGAGUUAGCAAGCAUUCACAGCGAAGAAGAACUUAGUAUUGUGACUGCCAUUUCGUCCAAAGGCUUGUGGAUAGGCUUGGUACGAUCAUCGAACGCUGGAUUUGCAUGGACCGAUGGAACACCACUCGAUUUCAUACGUUGGAAAAAAGAUGAACCUAACAAUUAUCUUGGAAUGGAAGAUUGCUCUCACAUAAGUGCAGGAGCUUGGAAUGAUAACAAUUGUGGAAAUACCUUAGGAGGAUAUGUCUGUAAGAAACGAAAUAACGGCAAAUCGAGUCAACCCUCUACUUCUGUUAUAAAAGGUGGAUGCCCUACAGAAUUUGUCCCAUCCCCAUUCGGCAGUAAAUGUUAUAAAGUGGUGGAUGUCCAAAAAUCAUGGUCAAAUGCCCAAUCUGAUUGCAAUAGAACAAACGGAGCAUCCUUAUUAUCCAUCAGAGACCAGAUAGAACAGGAUUUUGUCAUUAGUUUGCUGAAGGAGACAAAACAGACACUAUGGAUUGGGUUGAGGAAGUUCGCCAACAAAUAUCUUUGGGAAAAUAAUCAAGAAAUAACCUACACAAACUGGAAUCUCAGGGAACCUAGGGGUUAUUCGGCAACAUGUGUCGAAAUGAAGAGUCAAUAUGCGCUAGACAUUGGAAAGUGGAAAACGGCAUACUGUUCUCGUUAUAAAGGUUAUAUCUGUGAAACACUAAAAGAUCCCUCUAUUGCGAAGCAAAUUACGUCACAGUGCCCCCCAAACUACGUACAGAACAGACAAAGUUGUUAUCGAUUCUUCAAUGACAUCAGACUGGACUGGAAAUCAGCUGAUCAUCACUGCAGACUUGACAAUGGAACACUAGCGGCCAUUUCCACUGUUUAUGAAUUUGGUUACAUUCAAGCCAUUGCACUACACUUUAAUAUGACUACAUUUUGGAUUGGAUUAAGAAAAUCAAAUACUUCAAACCUGUAUCAAUGGAGUAAUGGUCUACCCUACCUUUACACUCACUGGAAUCAGUCGGAACCCUCUCAGAGACCAGGCGAGGAGUGCGUCUUAUCACAUGACAACAAAUGGCAAGACAGUUCCUGUAAAAUUAACCUUCCCUAUUUGUGUGAAAAGAAUUUAGGAAAACUGCCAUUGUCAGCGCCUACUGAGUGUCCAAAAACAAGCAUGCCUUUGAAUGGAGCAUGUUAUUACAUAGAAUUAAAGCAGAAAGGAUCGUGGAUGGACGCACAGCGUAUGUGUCAAAAUCUUGGCAUGACUCUUUCUUCAAUCCAUUCAACCGUCGAGAUGGAACACAUCAGAGAGUUUGCAUUCCGUCAGGGUGCGACAAGCUCCUUUUGGAUUGGACUUUCAAGAAGAAGAUUACCAUUAGAUCCAAUCGGGAAAGUAAACUUCUAUUGGUCAGACAAAAGUAGCGUCGAUUAUACUAACUGGAAUACCAAUGAACCCAGUGACAGUCUUUUCAGCCAAAGGCAAGAGUGCGUGGAAAUGGCUACUACCGGCACUUGGAAUGAUGUUUAUUGUGGGUCAAGUCGAGGAUUUGUUUGCAGGGAUGAAGUUUCAUCUGAAGCAGAAGUUACAACUAGCGUAACAACUACAGAAUAUAUCCAGUCUACAUACGGGCCCUAUGUUGAUAACAUUACAAGUUCUGACAACAACACCUCAACCAGUGCUGGUAUUAUCCAGUCACUAGCUGAGUUUAAAGACAAAACAGCAGAAAUAUCCAAACUCACGUUUGCUAUAGUCGGUAUAGUGGUGGGACUUCUACUUCUGGGUUUUGGUUUGGUGGCUAUCGUCUACAUCCUCAAGAAACAAAAAGUCACCACUCCACCAACAGCAGAAACUACAUCCGGCUUUGAAAAUGCUAUGUAUCGUAAGGAUUCUGGAAAUAUUUACAUCAGUGAAUCAUAACGAUACCUUUAUUUGCUUUAUUCUCCGAUGUAAGAGAAACAAGUUUUUAUAAAUUUGGAUGCAAAUCCGAUGUUAAACAAACUACCACGAAAAUGGAUGCAGAGCUUGGAAGUGACAAGUUCAAAGUGCGAAUUAUUCAGUGAUUUUUUAAAAACAAUUUUUAGCAAAAUUCCAAGGGACUCUUGAAAUAUUUGUUUUGUAGGAUAUAGAGAUCUUUUUGGAAUUCUUAUUUGUUCAAGUGUGGAAAUCAUAGCUCAUGAUGAUAUCAUAUCACAAAAAAAGACUUUUAAUUGUAUUCAAAAUUAAAAGCUCAUGAAAACAAUACAUGUAAUUUUUAUUUUCGAUUUUGAGUAAAGGAAAUAUAGAUGAAAACUAUAUACAUGUAAUAAUAUCAUGUUUGCUUAAAUUGAUGUAUAUGUGUGACAGUAUUAUUAAAAUUCGUGUAGUAUAA